UUCCACAAUUCUGUGAUGUCAUCGGGCACUGAUUCACUUAUUUACGUGUGAAAACGAAUACCAAGUGACAUCGAUGGCAAAGAAUUGUAUACAUGAGAUACAUCAUCAAUAUUUAUCAACUUUUAUGACAAAGAGAGAAGCUUAUAAAUUUUCCUGUUGACUUCAUCAGAAUAUACAGUGAAAUUUUUCUUUUAACCAGAGUUUGAUAGCAAGUUUUCUUCACUAUCUGAAAUGUUUACCAGUUAAUUUGCAUUCUAUGUAGUUAAGCUUUGAGAAAUUUGCAAAGAAUGUUUUCUAACGUCUUCAGAUAUCAACAAAGAUCAUAGUUGUUGGAAAUAUAGCAGAAAAAAUUUUUUGUUAAGAAGUGAAACAUUUUUGUAUUGUGGUGAAGAAAAAAAAAGUUAUGGAAAAUGAAAUAUGGGAGAACAAGGCUAAAUUUAAAUCAGAGUCUGAAAAGAAUGAUUUUUCUGAUGUUGCAUUGAAAGAGAAAGAAAAAACAUUGUACUAUUGUGAUAUCUGUGGCAGAUCAUUCUCUCAAAGAGGUACUCUCACUACCCACAAACGUAUUCAUACAGGAGAGAAACCAUAUUACUGUGAUAUCUGUGGCACAUCAUUCUCUCUAAACCAUCAUUUAACAACUCACAAACGUAUUCAUACAGGAGAGAAACAAUUUCACUGUGAUAUCUGUGGUAAAUCAUUCUCUCAUGGAAAUACCUUAACUAUACAUAAACGUAUUCAUACAGGGGAGAAGCCAUAUUGCUGUGAUAUCUGUUGUAAGUCAUUUUCUCGAAGUUGUGAAUUAACGACACAUAAACACAUUCACACGGGAGAGAAACCAUAUCAUUGUGACAUUUGUGGUAAAUCAUUCUCUGGAAGUAGUAACUUUUCCAGGCACAAACGCAUUCAUACAGGAGAGAAACCAUAUCAUUGUAAUAUCUGUGGUAAAACAUGCUCUGGAAGCAGUGACUUAAGUAAGCACAGACGUAUUCAUACAGGAGAGAAGCCAUAUCACUGUGAUAUCUGUGAUAAGUCAUUUUCUGUAAGUAGUGACUUAAUUAUACACAAACGUAUUCAUACAGGUGAAAAACCAUAUCACUGUGAUAUCUGUGGUAAAUCAUUCUCUCAGGCAAGUGAGUUAACGAAACACAAACGUAUUCAUACAGGAGAGAAACCAUAUCAUUGUGUUAUCUGUGGCAAAUCAUUCUCUCAUGGAAAUACACUGACUAUACACAAACGCAUUCAUACAGGAGAGAAACCAUAUCACUGUGACAUCUGUGGUAAGUCAUUCUCUCAAAAAAGUAACUUAACUACACAUGUAGGUAGUCAUACAAGGCAGUAACUGUAUCAUCUCAUCAUCACUAUUUUUAAAUGUUCACUAUUCCUUGAUUGCAUGGGUUAAAAUGGAAUUAGUUGAGGCAGAUCUACUAUACCUGAAUAUCCUUCCUGUUGCCAAACCUCACUUACUUUUGAGCAAGGUAAUAUUUUCCCAUGGCCUGAUAUAUUUUUCACAGAAGUCUGGUUAACAAACAACCCUGCUUGUAUGACAAUGGCACUAAUUUACAACCAUCACAUAAUGUCUUUUGAGUAUAUUCUCAGCAACCCGAAAAUGAUAUAAAAUUGGUUCACUCUUAAAAUAGUCACCCAAUAUUUUAUAUAUGUGUAACCAAAACUUUAACUGACACAACCAUAAACUACAGAAUUCACAGACUUGAUCAUUAACCCUUUAGCAUUCAAAUUUUUCUGUCAAAUCUAAUGCUUAUUUAUUCACAUUUUUUAAAAUUAAUUAUGUAUUAUCUUGUAGCUUUGAGAUCUUGAAGAUGUGAUUGUUUAUUUUUAGAAUGACAUUGUGGACUUGGUGAAAGAGGUUGUAUCUGGCCAUUUUCAACAUAAAACAAGUAGAAUAUUUGGGCCAGAUAUGAUCCUGGUUUAAAUACUAAAGGGUUAAACCAGUAGUUCUCAACUGGGGUCCACAUAAGAUUUUGCUGUUAAAAUUUAUGUGCAAUAAAUUGGUUAUAUUUCCCCAAUACGCAAAAUAUUUUAACAAAUUUUAUUAUACGAUUCCUAAUAAUAUUCUUUUCUACUCUGGGCACAAGGCCUGAAAUUUUUUGGGGAGGGGGCCAGUUGAUUAGAUCAACCCCAGUACACAACUGGUACUUAAUUUAUCGACCCUGAAAGGAGGAAAGGCAAAGUCGACCUUGGCGGAAUUUGAACUUAGAACGUCAAGACAGACAAAAUACCGCUAAGCAUUUCGCCCGGCGUGCUAAUGUUUCUGCCAGCUCGACGCCUUACACUUCCUAAUAAUAUUAAAUUACAAAAAUGUUACGGGAUCUUUUUAAACAUCAAAUGUUUAUUAGGGUUCAGUAAAGUAAAAUAGGAAUAAAAGGGGUCCAUAGUUAUAAAAAAUGGUUUCACUCACUGUUUUGAAUUUGUUGACAUUAUGAGGUGGUAUCAGAUAGUUCCUGGACUAGUACUGUAGCACACCAACAGAUGGCAUUACAACAUGGUUGUGUGUGCAGUGAGAGCUAGCAUUGGCCUGCAUGAGGCAGUGUGCCAAGUGACAUUUGUGCACUGUGGUCUUGGUCAUUGCCUCCGUGAGGCCCAACACUCGAAAGAAGCAUUCAGAGUUCAAAUUUCGCCAAGGUUGACUUUACCUUUCAUCCUUUUGGAGGUUGAUGUAAUCAACUAGCACCCUCCCCCAAAAUUACAGGCCUUGUGCCUAUAGUAGAAAGAAUAAUUAUUAUUUUAGUUUCUUAAAGUUCUUACAUCACACAUUCUGUGACCUCUUCAGUGACUCUGUCUCACGUGUCUCCUCUUGUUCUACUUAUUCCAUUUUGUCUUUCUAUAGUAUGAGCUUAUUUUCAACAUACCUAAGAAUUGAAAUUUCAUAUAUUCUUUUAAUUGUUUCAGUCAUUUGACUGUAGCCAUACUCAAGCACCACCUUUAGUCAAACAAAUUGACCCCAGGACUUAUUCUUUGUAAGCCUGGUACUUAUUCUACUUAUUCUCUUUUGCUGAACUGCUAAAUUACGGGGACAUAAACAUACCAGCAUCAGUUGUCAAACACACACACACACGAUGGGCUUCUUUCAGUUUUUGUCUACCAAAUCCACUCACAGGCUUUGGUCAGCCUGACGCUAUAGUAGAACACACUUGCCCAAGGUGCCAUGCAGUGGGACUGAACCCAGAACCAUGUGGUUGGUAAGCAAGCUACUUACCACAUAGCCACUCCUGCAAGAUUCAUAAAGUUCAUUGAUCAGUUAUCUUUAGUUGUGCUCAUGCAACCACUUGCAAGAAGAAAAUCAAUUCUAUAACUGUUUUCCCUGCGCACGAUAAUAAGAAAGCUCACUAGUAUAAUAACUACAAGUGGGCAGAAUAGCUAAAGCAAAAGAAUAUACAUGAAUAUAUAUUACAAUCGUUAAUAUAAGCUUGUUGAUUUGUUAUGUUAUUGUUUAAUCACUGAUUUCAGAUAAUGUAGUGGAGAAUUGAAUUAGUAUCAAUGUCUGACUUGUAACAUCAAAAGAUUUCGAAUUAUCUCUGUUCAUUAAACCUGUAAGCAUCUUACUAUCACAUGUAGUACUUGAAUCAGCACUAGAUUAACCCAUUAGGCAAAAUAAGUAUUGGGUUGUCCGGAAAGUUCGUGCUGAUUUUAAAGGAAAGAAAAAGGUCAAUAAAUACUUGCCAUUACAUUUUUAAUCAACCAAAUAUGAACCAUUUUGUUGCACAAUGCAUCUCCAUCUUUCUUUUAACUUGAAAAUACCCUCUUCCCAGAAUUGAGGUGGUUUCAUGGCAAAUAAGUCAAAGGGUAAGCUACUAUAAAUCGGCACGAACUUUCCAGACAACACAAUACAUGCUCAGGGCAUCAAGGGAUGGGGGUACCACAGAAAUGAAA